CUUGGUAACCGUAAGUGAAAAAUAUGGAAUCAAAAGAUAGCACAGCAGAUGGAGAAUUCAGCGUGUUAAUUGAUUUGCGAGCAAGUGGACACUGCUCCUUCCAGAGACAGCCAUUAAUUUCACCCGGAAUUGAACAAGCAAAAAAUAGCUCAAUUGCAGUAGAAACCCAAGCAUCACCUGACCAAACCAGUCCUGUUAUCAAAUCAAACAGAGAGAAACGAAGAACUUUGAGUGAAUGGAUGAGAAAAUAUUUCUUAGAAGGUCAAGCUUUGACUUCUACUCAGACUCAAGCUCUUGAAACACUCGAUCCGAGCGCGCCAUACUAUCAGAGGCUCAUUGUCAAGCACCGCCGGCUAAUGGGGGUAGCUAUUCCCUUUAUCUUCUUUCAAGUCAUAUGGUGGAGUUGUGCCAUCAAGUACAACUUCUGGAGUCUGUUUCCUGGCAGAUAUUUCAUGUCAAUAACGAUGGUUCUCGGUUCCCUAAUUGCAGGAAUGACAAGUGAAGGUGGUGGCACAGUUGCUUUUCCCAUCAUGACCCUCGCUUUUAGUAUUGCACCAGAAGUAGCACGUGACUUCUCACUUAUGAUCCAGUCCUGCGGUAUGACAGCAGCGGCUUUCACCAUCUUGUGGAUGCACGUGCAGCUUGAAUGGCAUUCCAUAACAUUGUGCUCCAUCGGAGGAAUCUUUGGCAUGAUAAUUGGCUUGGAAUUUAUCGAUCCUCAACUCACCCCUGCCCAGAAGAAAAUGGGAUUUGUAUGCGUGUGGUUUGCGUUCGCUUUUGCUCUGUUUCUUUUGAAUCGCUAUCACAAGCGGAAAACAUACACGACUAUCCCAGAAUUCAAAUUGUGGAAGCUCAUUGUGCUUCUACUGACCGGAUUGAUCGGUGGAAUAUUCUCAGCUAUCGCAGGAAGUGGCGUGGAUAUCUGCAGCUUCAGCGUUCUCACCCUUCUCUUCCGUGUAAGCGAGAAGACUGCCACACCUACGUCCGUCGUCUUGAUGGCAGGAAACACAGCAGUGGGCUUCUACUGGCGUCAGGUCAUCCAGCAAGCGGUGAGUGCCGAGGCAUAUUAUUACCUGGCAGUUUGUGUGCCAAUUGUUGUGUUGGGUGCUCCAGUGGGAUCCGUGAUUGGGAGGCAUUUUCAUCGUCAGGUUCUCGCAAGCUUCAACUAUAUUUCGGACACCGUUGCUCUUAUAAGUGCUUUCUUAAUUGUGCCUCUCUCAAAAGCUUUGAUUUUGGCCUCCGUGUGUAUCAUAGCGUUUGGAUUUUUCUUCUUUGGGCUGAUAGCCUAUGCUGGAAAAAGAAUAAUGGAAGGAGUUGAAAACAAAAGAGAACGACAAAAACAGGUCAGUUGUGAGGAUGAUACCUAUGAAAAUACAAUGCAACCUUCUACUGCAGUUAACACCGUUUUCGAGAAAGACAAAGUUCGUCGUCUUGAAACACUUGAAAUGGCUCAGGGAAAAAGUAAAACUUCGGAGAUACAGGAUGUGCAAAAACUGGACACACUUUAUGAGGUGUGA